CCUUUGCUUGUGUCUUGUCCACCUCUCCGGAAAACAACACAAUGGCAGCUAUAGAAGCAGCAGCACUUUCAAUCUUUUCUUCUUCUGCCUUUCUCUCUAAAUCCCACUUUUUUUCCAAGCCACCACCGUCAUCUAUAAAGCUACUUCACAUUUCGAAUUCGACCCUUUCAGUUUCUCACAGGUUUCCUCUAUUCCCUUGCACUAACCCAACAAGAAAAGGAUACCGCUUUCAAUUAUGCUCUGCCGUAGAAGAGGCAACAGUUGUAGAAGAAAAACAAAAGGAAACUCAGAAACAAAAUAUAAGGAGAAAGCUAUUUGUAUUUAAUUUGCCGUGGUCUUUCUCUGUUGUAGAUAUCAAGAACCUCUUUGGCCAAUGUGGAGCUGUUUCUGAUGUUGAGAUUGUAAAGCAUAAAGAUGGGAAAAGCAGAAGUUUUGCAUUUGUGACAAUGGCUUCAGGAGAUGAAGCUCAGGCUGCUAUUGAUAAGCUUGACGCUCUUGAAGUGUCUGGGAGAAUUAUAAGAGUUGCGUUUGCAAGGAAAUUCAAGAAACCACGUCCUCCAUGUGAACCACGGUCCCCAAGUCCCCUUGCUGAAGAAACACAAAAUGUAGAGACACAAUCUCUACGUACACAACCUGUAGAGACACAACAUAAGAUUUAUGUGUCAAAUCUUGCUUGGAAAGUUAGAGCCAAUAAUCUGAGAGAAUUUUUUUCAGCUGAUCAUAAUCUUGUUUCUGCGAAGGUUGUUUUUGAAGCUCCAGGAAAAUCUGGUGGUUAUGGUUUUGUUUCAUUUGCCACAAAGGAAGAAGCAGAGGCUGCAAUUUCUUCUCUAAAUGGGAAGGAGUUGAUGGGUAGACCAAUUCGUUUGAAAUUCAGUGAAAAAAAAGUUGAGGAAUCUGAAAGUGAGAAGAAAGUUGAUCAAUCUGAAAGUGAAAAUGAACCGGAGGAUAUGACUGAGGAUCAAACUGCAGAAUCAUAGAUAAUUAAAAUUGCUGUAGAGUUAGCAGAUUGACUGGGCAAAUUUAUGGGAGGCAGAACUUUUUGUGUCAACCACACGUAAAACUCAUGAAGGCAUUCUCUUUUAUCUGUGUAUUUCUGCGUGUGCUUAAGUUGUAUCCUUCAGUUCGCCCUUAGGUACCACAUAUUAACAGAAUUUUCUUCUUGAUGCCUUAAAUUUUUAGUUGUUAAAAUGGUUAAUGUAUACUCACAUUACCCCUCGAAUGUCCAAGAUAUGGAUAGACAUUCAUUUUGUAUCAAAUGAUUACUUAAAUAGAAAUAUUUUCAAGCAUCAUGCUUUGAUAAAAA